UCACCUCAACUAGACGCGUCUCUGCAGAUAAACCUGAAGUACAAAUCGCUUUCAGCCUCGACGAAACUUCAGAGUUGAAAGAUGCAGAGGAUCCCCUUCCAUCAUUCCCUGACCUUGAACAACGCCUGCAGCCGGUGCUGCCGUGUCGGUCUCUAAAGGAGUCCACUGAAGUAUACAAAAACCACUGCACGAUGGCCAACGAGUUCAACCAGGUCAAACAUGAAAUCGCCAGGCUGGAAGACAGAAAGAGAGAGCUCAUGGCAGAGCUGCUAGAGGAUGAAAAGGUGUCGAUGGAGUUUGCACGACUUGAGGAGGAAUACAGUAUACUUACGGAAGAGAACCAAAAUCUGAUAACAGUCCAUAGCCAACGCGCACAGCAGCUAGAGACGCUCCGAGUGAUCAGUCAAAAGAGGCAGGGCUCCUCAUGACCUUUGACAACAUGUGUGAAAGAGCUUUCAUCUCUGGG